AACUCUUUUAUGUUUGAAGUUACGAUAUGGCGGCUAUGGAAAAUGGCCUCCAAAUCUGAAAUCGUUAGGAUUACAUACAAAGAAUUGGAGUCUUCUGUUCACGACAAAGACAAAUCACAUAAAAAUCCCGAUAGAAGCAGUAUUGAUGAUACUCAAAAAAGGCGAAACAAACGACCCACCCGAGGUAUAUACCAACCUCCAAGAAGGUCCCCUAAAGUACAAGAAGAUCAGGGGGAGAGCUGGGAAGGAGAGGAGACACCUAGUACUGACAGCAAGGAGAAUAGCUCAGAGAGGGAGGUUAGUAGAACAGCUCAGAGAGAGAACAGCUCAGUGAGGGAGAUUGAUGACAUCAGUUCAAACAUAAAAGAUAUACACCUCGGCAAAGAGAGGCCCGAUCAGAGAAAACACAGAUCUAAACGGCCGGAAAUUCAGAGAUAUGUUCCAAAAGGCAAAAUACUGGAACAGCAGACAAAAGAUGAUGAAGCAUCUGAAACGGAACCAAGUCAAGAUGUCUCACCACGCAAAAUUAAUUUAAAAGAAGACCAGCAAGAUUUAAAAGUGACUUUGGUAAUUGAUGGAACGUCACCUAGUGGUCAGCCAAAUGUUGGUGGGAAGUCAGAGUCUAAAGAACCACCAAGUCCCCACAAUCCAUUGGAUAGAUCACCAUCGAAAGGGGAGCCACUGAAAAAUCAGCAACCAAAAUCGGAUUCUGGAAAUCAGUUCAGGGGGGGUUCGUCAGGUCAACAUCCAAAUAAAGCAAAGUUUCAGAAAGAUUUUGAGAAUCGACCAAAAAGUGGAAAAAAUGCAGAAGAGAGAAAAUUCACAGGAGGGGAAAGGGAUUUUAAGAAGGGACAGGGUGGAGGAAGUCAUGUAAAGCAUCAUGAUAGAGGGUACCGGGAAGAUGAGUCCAAAAGAUUCGAGGACAGGAGAGGAGGGUUUGGUAGACAGAAGGAUGGUAGGAAAGGUGGUGGCUGGCAGGAGGAGGAACCUAAACCUCAGAGAAAGCCCAAGGAGAGGCGAGACAGAGGAACUGAGGGCAGCGGACGGAACCAGAAAAAGAUGGAGAACACAGAGAGUGAACAAGGCAUGUCAGAUGUCAUACCAACCAUGGUGUUUGAGAGGAAGAAUGGGAACAGUUCUGCCUCUGAGCUUGAUUCCACAAAACAGGUCCAAAAUGAGGCCGGCGCUGGCAGUGGAAACGGUAAGCAGGGGUCUAAGCGGUAUUCGCUGUCUGCCAUGAGGCGGCCUAGAGCAGGCAGCGUUAGCAGUGAUGUAAGCAAUACUAGUGAUCUCAGUAUGGAUGAAGAGACAACGAAUAGAAUUCUUGACUGGAGUGAGGAGGUAGAGAGAGAAAUGGCAGAACAUGUUCAUGACGAAACCAGAAAACUGCAGGAAUUCCUGGAUCAGAAGGGUGGCUUCAAUGACUGGGAUAGAGCUAUAGAGACGGUGGACAAAGCAAGGGAGGCGCUGGAGAGAGGCCAGGUAAUGCAGCGGAAUCUAGGAGAUGACAGGAAUGUCGGGAACCAGGGAGGCAGGCCAUAUGGAAGUAUGAAACAUAUGAAGAAUGACAAGAAUGUUAAUGCUAGUCAUCAGGAGUAUGAAAACGGCUUCAGACAGAGACGGAAUAGUGAUGGCGCUAGAAGUCGGAAAAAAGACAGACGAAGAAAAGGAUCCAGUAACGGAAGGCGGAGUCGAGACUCGAGUGUGUCGAGUGCCCACAGUGUGAGGAGUUACCACACGGAGGACGAUGUGUACGGCACAGACACCUGGCCCAGGAGAAGAAACCGCAGGAGAGGCAGUAAUGCCAGCAUCAAGGAAUCUCGCAGCAAGGAAGUUUUGACUGAUCCAAGUAAUCUGAAUCUGAAGGUGACAUUCGCUAGAGAUGAGAAGAGACAAGUCAUGAUGAAAGACAGGGAGAGUCCAAAAGGACGAGGUCGAGGCAGAGGAAGAGGCCAGAGAGAGGACAGGGAGGACUCCAAUUUUGGCAGGCCUUCAGAGAGGCAAUACAGGAGAGGGUUUGAUAAUGAAAGAAGAGGUGGGCACAACGACAGAGCAUUUGGGAAUGAAAAUCGUCAUCGGAAAUUCUCUGGUGAGCAAAGAGAAGGGCCCAGGACGUAUGAAAACAAGGGAGGGAGGGAAUAUAACCGUCAUUAUGAUAGAAAUUUUGGAAGUCAUCAGAUGGAACGAGAGGAAACAAAGAGUCCUGAAAGUACUGCUCAGGGUGGGGGAAUAAUUAAACUCCCAGCCAAUACCGAUACCUCCGACUCGACAACUCAGGCCAGCAAGCAACAUGUAGAAUUCCACAAUGCGGGCCACAGAGGUGAGAGAAACAGAUAUAACCCAAGAGACUCCCAUCCUCACAGCAAUCCAGGUCAAAGAAUGCUGUUUGAUCCCAAAAAUCCAGACAAGAUGAUAAUGGUUCCCAGUGCCUCCUCCAGUACUCCUACAUCUCAGCUGAAGUUCCGAGACCCCUCUGGCCAGGAGUCACCUCAGUCCCCACCCACUCAACAGCACCCCUUGAUGCCGCCUCAGGGAGGUUUCCCACCCAUGCCGCCCCAAAUCAGGGGCUAUCCCCCAUUUUAUGCUGGAUAUGAUCCACGUUAUCAGGACCCUGUGUAUGGGGGACCCUCGAUGCCCGGCCCUCCAAUGCCUGGGUACUACUAUGGAUAUCCUGCCAUGUACAGGGAUACAGCCAUGUACCGAGAUGAUGAUACUGAGUUUUCAGGAGAUGGUGAAAUAGACCCAAUGCAUGCAGGCCGCUCUAGGGCCCAGUGCCGAAUGCUUGCUGAGCAUAUGUUUCAGGAGGCGUGUCACAUGGACUCCCAGCUGACUAACCUUGUGUCAAGGCGACAGUCUCCUGAGUCAAUGCAACAUGUUUACAGGCUAAGGCUUGAACUGCAGCAGAAAUUGGAGCAGAUCAUCCUGAUUGAUGUGGAGGUCGCCAGUAAGCGUAACGUGGAGCAGUUGCUAUGGAAAUCUGUGUAUUACCAGGUGAUCGAGAUGUUCCGGCGACAGCUCUCAGAGGACAAGGAGGAUGACAGCAGUAAAACAGAACUCUCCAAAAUCCUGGAUGAGGGGACAACGUUCUUUGACAAGCUCUUGCAGAAGCUGCAGCAGAAGUAUGGAUUUAAUGUGGAGGAUUACUUGGAUUCAAGCUUGUCCGUUCAGGAAAACCAGAGUCGGAACAUCAAGCUGGCCGUCCUUAGUAUUCAGAGACUGAUGAUAAACCUCGGAGACAUCGCUCGCUACAGGGAACAAAUGAAUCACAGCGGAAAAGUCAAUUAUGGACGAGCUAGAAGUUGGUACACAAAAGCACAACAGCUGGCACCUAAGAACGGUCGUCCAUACAACCAGCUGGCUAUACUGGGGCUGUAUACCAGGAGGAAGUUAGAUGCAGUUUAUUACUACAUGAGGAGUUUAGCUGCCAGUAAUCCGUUCCUCACCGCCAGAGAGGGCCUGCUGAAUUUGUUUGAUGAGGCACGGAAAAAGACUCUGGCUGUGGAACAAAAGAAAGAAGAGGAAAGAGAGAAAGUCAGGAAGCUGACCCCUCAAAGGUCACACCAUGGACAGAGGAUCGAAAUCUGGGUGUCACCUGAUGGGACAAGCUCAGAGGGUAAGACAGAGGAGGGAGAGGACGACGACCUUGACAAACUGGAGGCUGUAGAGCUGAACAAAAGAUUCAACUUGAGCUUCCUCAAUGUUCAUGGAAUGCUGUUCACAAAAGUUGGACGAGAGUCCUUUCCUGAGAGUUGUGGACAGAUGUUGAAGGAGUUCCAGGCUCUGUUACGAUAUGGCGCCCUGCCUCCCAGCCGACUGAUUCAACUGAUGGCCAUUAACAUGUUUGCCAUAGAAAAUACAGCUUUAAAAGAUCUCUCAAUGGCUGAGGACUUCCGGUCGGAGCUUCAGGAACAUGCGGUGCAGCUGGGUCUGGAUAUGUUCGGGAUUCUCCUGGAUUGCUGUGCCCUGGAGUUAACGAAACACCUAGCCUCCUCAGAUUACCCCUGCCACAUGUUUAGUCGCGAUCUGGAGGAGUUAAUUCCUGGUGUCAAGAAGUGGACAGACUGGAUGUUGGCGAACCUUAAACUGUGGAACCCGCCACCAUCGCUCAGGGACACUACGCUGGGGCCUGGUACUGAUGUCUGGAAAGUGACAGCUAAGUUUGCCAACAUUCUGAAGGAUGUCGACAUCAAUCAUGUCAAAUUGUAUGAAGAUAAGAUAGAAGGCUGUGAACCGGUUGUUUUGUUCGAGGACACAAUGUUGUCGGGCUUUGUUCCCCUCAUGAGUGCCCCAAUAAAAGUGGCGUAUGUUCACAGCACCGUUGACAAGGAUAUCGCCCGUGACUGUCUUCGAAUCCAGGUGUUACAGGAGUUUGCCGAUUACCUGUGUGGAGUGGAGCCACCCAUGCUGGAGUUUGACGUGGUGAAGAAGGAGUACUACUCAGUGGCGCCCUCUACUGACUAUAGUGAGGCUCCCCAUGGGGACCUGCCUUCAGACUCGGAUGAGGAAGCUGAGGUGAUCAUUGAAAGUGAGGAGGAAACGGCGGAGGGAACGGAGGACAAUGAACAUGUACGUCUGCUGAAACAAAAGAAAGAGGAACUGAGGAAAAAGAAGGAACAACAGCUGAAGGACAAAGAAAGCAUUCAGAAACUGAUAGAAAAGGACCGUCAUCGAUGUAUUGAGCUGGAGAUCCACCCCAUCUUCUUGAUUCCAGACACCAACUGUUUUAUUGACCAUUUCUCCGGCCUCAGACAGCUAAUUCAGCAGAAAAAGUAUACGGUGGUGGUACCCUUAAUAGUCAUUAAUGAGUUAGAUGGGUUAGCCAAGGGCAACAAAGAAGGACAACGGGACUCGGAUGUCACCAAGGUCGCAGAGAGAUCAAAACAGACAGUGGACUUCCUGGAGGAGGAGUUUGAGAAAAAGAACUCUCACCUUAAAGCUCUGACCUCCAAAGGAAACAUUCUGGAGACGAUCUCAUUCCGUAGUGAAGAGGGGGACUCCAGCGGGGGAAAUAAUGAUGACAUCAUUCUCUCCUGUUGUCUUCAUUACUGUAAAGACAAGGCCAGAGAAUUCAUGCCCAAAGAAAAAGAUGCACCGGUGAGAUUAUACAGAGAGGUGGUGCUGCUGACCGAUGACAGAAACCUACGACUGAAGGCUCAUACCUGUAACGUGCCGGUCAAGGAUGUUCUCUCGUUCCUCAAGUGGAGCAAGAUCACCUGAACAGACCAUUGGAAUGGGAGCAUCAGUUCUGAUGGCACGAGGACAAACCUCUGGAUUGUCAGCCUAGUGUGUCAGCUAACGGCUAAUGUCCUUUAUCUAGUGUGAAAAAAUUGUCUGUUUGGCUUGUGUUAAAUGUCACAACAGCCCGUACAAGAAACCAACUAAUAGCAUACCACAUACUACUGAAUGGAAAUUUCUACUUUUCCCAGCUUAAACCAUAUAAUUUGAGGAAACACAUUGGAGGGAUGUUGUUUCGUACAGUUACAUCGACAGAGAAAUUUUGUAGCUGCAGAGAAUUUCUGAGGAUGCUGUUCCUCUGUGUAGUUUUAAACAGUGACCUUUUUGAACUGAUGAGACAGUGAGUGUUUGAACUGCAUUGACAGUGAGUUUUAUAUAAACCUUUUUAACCCUAUUUAUUGACUGUGGUGAAUUCAUCUACUAAAGUUACACAUGUAUUGUGAUGUCAGGGAGGAUAUCAAUGAAUGUUAAUUCUGAGAAGAGGAAAAAUUCCAUCACAGUGAGACACCGAUGGAAAUUGACCUUGAAUACUUUAAAACUUGUCAGAUGAAGCUACUGGGUAGUUAGAAUCAACAAUCUGGGAGCUAAAGUAUUCUUACAAAUGAAAGCAGUAACUUUGAAUAUUCGUUUGAAUUACCGUUUUGUAGCUUUAAAUUUUCUUUCCCUGACCCCAAAGCACUCUGUAAAGCAUUUUAAUAAUUGUGUCUUUGUUAAAUUAGAAUAGUAAAUAUAUUUUUUAGAUUUAUUUAUACUAUGUAUGUAAAUAGUUCACUUGCAUUCUACAUGUUGAAGAACCCUGUGUUAUUCCAUGGGAAGAAAGAGAGAUGGCAAAGAAGAUUAGCCCGACAGUUUUAUUGUAGUUUUACUCAUUGACAGUAAUGUUCUGAAUUUUUUAAGUUCCUUAUAAGAUAAAGAAUUUUGUCAAGGGUACAUGUAGAUGUAGAUAGUGGGAUUUGAAUAGAACCAAGUGGUGUGCGUUGUUUGAAGACUAAAAAUGGAGGGGCUUGUAAAGAUUGUACUUUAAAUUUCAAUGGAUUUGUUUUGGGUUUUUUUCAAUUUAAUUAAAUAUUUAGUGACAUGAAUGAAUUUGUUCCUUGAUACAGAGAGGAAAUUUAUUUGUGUCUACAUUACAUUUGUACUUUUGUGUAUUGGAGUUAUACAAUUUUACGUCAUAGUCUGGAUGUACGCACCUCGAAUGAUUUUACCGUUAUAUCAUGUGUAUUCUGGCAUCAUCUAUAUUAUCAACGAUGUUUUUUUUAUUAGGUGUUAAAUUUCUGAUGAAACUGAAUUCCAAGAAAAUAUCUUUUUAACAGGAAAAGACAGAAUCAACUCACCACAAUUUGGGAACAGAAAAUUAUACUGAAGUUUUUGUAGGUGUGUUUCCUGGUUGGGGGCUAUUGUAACAUGCAGAAAUAAAUACAUUAUCUUAAUUAGUUAUAGGUAUUCUGCAGCUGCUCUUAACGCUAAUUGAUCAGUGCAAAUUGCAGUAUAUAUACAAAGGCAUGAAAAUCUCUGAUGUCAUGAAUUGAAGACAAUAGCUCUGUUCUGUGGCCGUGGUUACUACAUACAUCUAGUGGCGAGAUAGUUUGUGUUUUGAUAUCAUUUUGGCAAAACUACAGCAUGUACAAUUCAUAUAUACAGUGUGCAUUUGAUCUAAGUAUUCAUUUUAUGUACAAUCAUUACAAAAUGAUUUAAAACUGUUUUAGAAUUGCAUGGAAAGAAUUUGGUGUGUCUGUAUAUAAAACUAUGACUGUUAGCAUGACAAAGACCAAUGUGCAUGUACUGUAAGUCUACGGAUACAUGUACCAUGGAUGGACUCUGACUGUGUCUUUAUGAGUAGAAAUCAGUACAUGGACUGUGUCUUUAUGAGUAGAAUUCUGUACAUAUAAAUGUGGCUGUGGUCCCUGUCAGUGGAAUGUGAUUCUAUGUACAGUGUGUUUAAGUUGUUGACCUGCUUCUCAUGCAGUACUGGCAUGUCGUGGACUGUUCUUAACCUCUAACACUUAGUGUUACAAUCUGUACAGUUAGCCAUGAGCAUCAAAUUUUACCAUGUUCAUUCUGAGCAAUAAAGGAAAAUAUUAGUUUCUAAAUACAUAUAAGUUUUAAAUGAAAAUGUACAAUGUGUUUAACCUUUUCAUGAGUUGGAAACAGUCUUAGAUUUUUGCUUUUUUGUGGGGGAGGGGUAUAAAUCUAUUUAAUGUUUCUUUUGAAACCGCUUUGCACGUUUUAAAAAUCUUUGUUUAAAAUCAGUAGAUAUAGAUAUUUUGUUUUUAUUUUUAAAAAUUAACUCCAUUGUUAGCAAUAUCAUUCUGGUGUUCGGAGCAGUUUUUUGGGAUUAAUGGGUGCAGUUUGAUUACAGUAGUUGAUUGUGAUUUUAUUUAUGUGGUAUUUUGAAACAUUUCCAUACAUCUUGUUACAUGUAUUAAAUGCUCCAGGUUUCUGAUGAAUUUGUCAGAAUUUCCAAUAUGGUGUAAUAUUAGCAUAUCAUCAUGAUCUUACAGUUGAUAUAAUCUUUAUGAAUAAAUUAGGUAUACAAUU